AUGGCCCGCCAGAAUCAAGCAGUACCAGCCAAGUCGGACCCACCCUUUCCAACUGCUGCUUGCAUAAACGAAGUUCAGUAUAUAUUCUUUUGUGUGAGACAGCUUACCGACCAAGAGCAUGUACUAUUCGGCGCGGAGGACCUGAGAGUUGCGAUCAAGGCACCGUUGGUCCCCGGUCGUCACAUGUACCGUUACCGCUACUGCAAUAACGUCGAAAUCUCCAAUUCUGUUGCCACCCAGGCAUACUGCUGCCUUUUAACAGAAACAUGGAGCACUCAUCAGACGGGCGUAAGUUUCAAACCGCGGUCUGACUUGGAACCCAUCGUUCAACUUCUCUGA